CCUCCUCCUCCUCCUCCUCCUCCUCUUCCCUAAACUCAAUGGCGUCUCUCGCGAGCACCAUGGCGUCCUCCUUCGCCGCCCAAUCACGAUCCUCGCCAGAGCCCCUGCUCCACUCCAUCCGUUCCCGGUCCUCCCUCCUCCCCUCCCGAUCCCUCUGGUGCACCGCGUCGAUCGGAAAGAGAGCCGUCGCCUAUGCCUGCUCCGGAUCUCCUCGCCGCGACGUUUCCUGCAAAACUGUCUCGUCGAAGCCGCAGACGGAGAUUGAAGGCCUCAACAUAGCCGAAGAUGUUACUCAGUUGAUAGGGAAGACACCGAUGGUUUAUCUGAAUAAUAUUGUAAAGGGAUGUGUUGCAAACAUUGCCGCCAAACUUGAGAUUAUGGAGCCUUGCUGCAGUGUUAAAGAUAGGAUAGGGUACAGUAUGAUAGCUGAUGCCGAACAAAAGGGUGUUAUAACUCCUGGAAAGAGUAUUCUGGUGGAACCAACAAGUGGGAACACAGGGAUUGGUCUGGCGUUUAUUGCUGCUGCAAAAGGAUACAAGCUGAUUUUGACCAUGCCUGCAUCUAUGAGCAUCGAGAGGCGAGUUCUGCUAAAAGCUUUUGGAGCAGAACUUGUCCUUACAGACUCUGCCAAGGGCAUGAAGGGAGCAGUUCAAAAGGCGGAAGAGAUCUUAAAGAAGACGACUAAUGCUUACAUGCUUCAACAAUUUGACAAUCCUGCAAAUCCAAAGAUACACUAUGAGACUACUGGUCCAGAAAUCUGGGAAGAUACUAGCGGCAAAGUGGAUAUUUUUGUUGCUGGAAUUGGGACCGGCGGAACCAUAUCUGGUGUAGGCCACUUUUUGAAAGAAAAAAAUCCUAACAUUAAGGUCAUUGGCAUUGAACCUAGUGAAAGCAACAUUCUUUCAGGAGGAAAGCCUGGUCCACACAAAAUCCAAGGCAUUGGUGCAGGUUUUGUACCAAGGAAUUUGGACCUUGAAGUAGUUGAUGAAAUUAUAGAGAUAUCAAGUGAUGAAGCAGUUGAAAUUGCAAAACAGUUGGCUCUCCAAGAAGGAUUGCUGGUUGGUAUUUCUUCUGGAGCAGCAGCAGCUGCUGCCAUGAAGGUUGCAAGGAGACCAGAAAAUGCUGGGAAACUUAUAGUGGUUGUUUUCCCAAGCUUUGGUGAGAGGUACCUCUCUUCUGUCCUCUUCCAGUCAAUACGGGAUGAGUGCGAGAAGAUGCAACCCGAGCCUUGACAUUAACUUCAACAAUUCUUGUCUGGGGUAUUUUGCGGAUUUUAUUCAAAUUUUGAGAUGGGUGCAUUACACGUUGUGCUCUGUUAAAAAAUUUGCGACAAAAAUAAAAAGAACUAGUUGAAAAGGUUUGGCUUACAUUUUAUCAAUCAUAUGAAAGAGGUUUCAUGAAUUCUUUUCCUUUCAGUCUUGUAAUAAUAUCUUGAUAUUCAGGUUUACAAACUGAGCAAAUUUAUGUUUAAGCUUGAGAUGAUG